AUGAGUAAGACUGUUCUACAACUGACUGAUCAGAUAAAGCCGACUUUGAUUACUGUACAAGAAUUACUAGAAGAUAUAAACCAACAAAGUAAUUGGCUAGAAAAUGGUACUGUUCGCAAAGUAAGUGUCAACCGUGGUAUAUAUAGAAUAGCUUGUUCUAAUCAUCACUUUUAAUAAUAAUCACCACUUUUAACUGCUCUUGAUAUUUAUUAUGUCGUAUGUUUAGUAUAGUGUAAGAUACCGUACUCUAGGUUGAAUCCUCCUCUAUCUACAUGGGAUUCAACUCUUCUGUAGUCCGAUUGUUCUUAACCUUGGACAACAACAAUAUGGUCAAUAUUAUACUGAAACAGCCGACCAGUCAGUUCGAUACAGACAGCUACAAUCCUUUAGAGAAGAGUUUUACCAAGAAUAUAUGUCUCUUUCACAAUCAAGAGAUUCUGUUCUACCGUACAUUCUCGCUCCACUUCUCUUGUAUCAGAUUUCCAAAUAUGUAUGCUUCACGACAGAGUAAUGUUACUACGGCUCAACAUGGCUACAUUGCACUCGAAGACCUGGGGCCUUUCGGUAGUACUAAAUGUACUCUUCGAGGAUUGGAUUACUCUCAAGUAAGUUUUAUCAGGUUGUCCAAAUAUGAAUGAGCCAAAAUGUUCAAGAUUUGGCGCUUUUAAUGGCUCAUCUAUAUUCGGACAAUCUGAUAGUAUGAAUGUGGCAAAUUACUGCAAAUAACGGAUUUUUAUAUUAUAGUAGAGAACAUCAUUAUGUUUAGUGUGUUAGUACAAUACAAACUAUGGCCAAAUACCACGCCUAUUCUCAUGUCAUCGGAUGUGACAACAAAUUGUUUGAUUCUAUGGAAACCGCCAUACCUUCCCUCGAUCUGAUUCCUUUCAAUCUGUACGACCAUGCUGUCAAGUUCGAGCCUAAAUUAGAAGCCUACAAAGAUCAGAUCAACUUGUUUUUACAAACUCGGGAUAUGCCUGUAGAUGUCCACAAACAGUUUGGUAAGUAUAAUAUUAGGUGCCUGCAAAAGUUUUAGGCCAACUUUUGUUUUUAACAAAAUUUAAUAUUUAAAAAAAACAACAACAACUAAUUAACAAAUAUACGUACCAUUACUACCGACGACCUGUUGCCAAACCUUCGGCACCAUUUGAAUUCAACUUCUGUAGAAACCUGAAGAUUUAAAAUUGAAAAAGUUAGUCGGCCAUCUCUUGGGGUCCUCUCGAUUGUCAAAGCGUGUUGCGUUCAGGUGGUUUUGAAGAGAGUGAAACAAAUUAUAAUUUGUAGGCGCAACAUCAGUUGAGUACAGUGCAUGUGGCAUCUCAGCCCAGCCGAGGCUUUUCAGCUUGUGCUGGGUCAACUUCGUCACAUAGGCGCGAGCAGUAUCAUGAAUCAAGAAGACUCGGUCCUGUUUACCAUGCAAUGCUGCCGCAACAGAGUUAAUUUGUUUACAGUAGACUUCCACAGGGAUCGUAGUUCCAUGUGGUACCAUUUCCCAGGAUACAAUAAUUGUUGAGUUUCACCAAACAUUGAACAUCCCACCAGUGGGUAAAGAUCAGUUCUUGGAGUUGAUACAUCCUGUUCUCUACGUCCACGCCAUUGUUUCUUCGUGGUGUGAUUAACAUACAGUACCCACUACUCAUCCCCAGUAACCAAAUUGUCAAGCCAUGCAAAGGUCCUUGGGAACGUCAACAAAUAAGUGCAACUUCCACUUAGCGUUUCAACUGGUCGCUGUUGAAAUCAUGUGGAACUUCUUGACCAUAUUUCCAUGAUCUUCUAAGGACGUGAAGUCUAGUUAAUAUGGUAGAGGGUCACACUGAAGCUCUACAGUCAAAUGAGUACAGGUUUGUUUGGGGUCUUCUUCCAUCAGCGUCAGAAGGUGGGGUUUCUUCAACACUGAUAGUCUACCAGAUCGAACUUUUCGGACAUGUCAAAGUCCCCGUCUUUGAACUUGUGGAAUCAAACUUUUGUAGUGUCGUAAGAGACAACUGAAGGCCUUACAACACUGCAUAUUUCCUUCGUCGCUCUUGUUGCGUUGCCGUGCUCACGGAAUUUGCAAAGCAACAUUACCCUAACAUGCCCUUGUUUUACCUUGAUUUCUUGAACUACCGUAAACAACAGAAAGCUUGAACAUGCAAUAGUUUUUAGUCUUUGGACACCUCUUUAUAUAGGUUUUCAACAGAAAGUUCUAGAACUGUCCAGAAUUUUUUGGGAAAUUUUAGAAAAAUUGGCCUAAAACUUUUGCAGGCACCUAAUAUAUUAAUAAAGCAUCAAAUUGGAUUUUAAUUAAAUAAACAGAAAGUUAAAUGAUUUUAAAUAUCAACUUUACUUGUUACUUAUACUGCAGAUUAUCCAGCAGUUCUAGUCCACGGAGACCUCUGGGCUGACAACAUAUUAUUCAAGGACGACAACGUUCUUUGCUUUCUGGAUUGGCAAUGUUCUCAUGUCGGUAAGAACCAUACGAUCAGCGAGAGCGUUGGUUGUUUAUUGUUCUUGAAGUGUAAAAAUGAAUAUAUUGCACUGAGAAAAGAAGAUGUAAUCUUAAAUUUAAUCAAUUUGUUAUCUUAGGUACUGGUCUGGAAGACCUGGCCAAGUUUCUGUUUAUGUCAGCUUAUUCUGACGUCCUAAAAUCCCAGAUUCCUGAUCUUUUAAAGGUAUAUUAUGAAGCGUUCAAGGCUUCUAUGACUGAAUAUAACCGAACAUUCGAAGUUACAUUUGAAAAAGUAAGUUUUACAGUCUAGUACAGUAUGACCGAAACCGUGAAUAUUAUACAAUUUUUUUUGUCGCAUUUGCCACUUACAGCUGAUGUUUUGUCAAUGUAAUAUUUUAAUAUUUUUAGGUAACAAAGAUCUUCAAGCACCAAAGUUCAUUCGAGUACCUGUUCUGUAUGUUGGUACUUCCACCGUAUGCCCAGAAAGCGACUUCUGAAGCAGGGAAACAAGAGUUGCGCAACCGUUUAGUGCACGUCAUCGAGUAUCUUACAGAAUCAAACUUUUCAUGCGGUUUAUUCUAG